AUGUCUGAUGUGAAAAGCAGAUUAUAUUUGGAAGAUACAUAUCGGGGGCUGACAGGCAACAGCCCAAGGCUUGCAGGGUUAGAUUCUACCAACUGGAUGCAGCUCACCUAUGGAUCAUUUUCAUCAGUGCAGGAGGACAAAAUGAUGUUUUCUUCUUUAUACCAAAUGGUCCCAAAUGAAGUCCAUCAAUACAUGGGGGUUGUCAGAUUACUUCAUCAUUUCAGAUGGACAUGGAUUGGGCUCUUUGCUGCAAAUGAUGACAAUGGGGACAGAUUUUUGCGAACAGCGGUGCCAAUGCUUGUCCAGAAUGGCAUCUGUUAUGCCUUCAUACUAAGAACAGCAAAACGUACAUAUACGGAAGAGUUGAUAGACAUGACACUAAGGCUAUUGGAAAAAUAUUCACUUAUUGAAGACAGAAAAGUCAGUACAUGUUUUGUAUAUGGAGAAGAUCCAUCAAUGCCAGUUAUGAGAACGAUGUUAUUUUUUGCAGGAUUGUCUGGAUUGCCACCUGUGGGUAAAGUGUGGAUUGUUACAUCCCAAUGGGAUUUCUGUGCAUUUUCUGUUCAAAGGCUUUGGGAUAUAGAAAGCUUCCAUGGUACCCUAUCUUUCACAGUUCAUUCAAAGCAGCCACCUGGAUUCCAAGCACUUGUUGAGAGCAUAAAGCCUCACUGGACAAGAAGAGAUGGUUUCAUUCAGAAUUUCUGGGAGCAGGCAUUCAGCUGUUCAUUUGACAAAUCUGAUGGGAGUGUGGAAAGCAAGAAAGUCUGCACUGGCAGAGAGCAAUUAGAGAGCCUUCCUAGCCCUGUCUUUGAAAUGAGCAUGACAGGACACAGCUAUAACAUCUACAAUGCUGUUUAUGCUGUUGCACAUGCUUUGCAUGCCAUAUGUAAAUUCAGAUCCAAGCAUAACCGAUUAGCAGAAGAAAGAAUGUUGAUGUUCGGUAAUGUGCAGUACUGGCAGGUAAUUGUAGGCCAUGAAACACACUUAAGUAAGUCUUUCAACUUUUCCACCACAGCUGUUGAGUAGAACAUGUUAUAAGUAAGAACUUGAACCUGAAUUUGUUUAUUUCCUUCUCCCUCCCAAUCACAUUUCCU